AUGGUUCGAACGAAUGGCCGGAGGAGAGAGGCGGCUGGUGGAGCGGGUGGAAGAUCGGGUAGGGCUCACCGGGUGUCUGUUCAGCCGAAAGAUACGGCCAUUAUUCUGGUAACUAACAUAUUUGGGAAGUUGGGAGAAGAUAUGGGAAAUACCGAAAUUCACGAGGAUGAGAAUAUUUCGGAUGCGAAUAAGGAAAAUGAAGAUAAUUAA